UCUCUCCUACUUUCCUCCAAUCCAUUCCAAGGCCCUCUUCCUUUCUGGCUUCCAUUUGUGUAAGCCAUGAUUGUUGUUUCCCAUCCCAUACCUCCUACUUUAUAUUAUUCAUAAUUAUUUCAUCUUUUAUUUCCCUUGCUGUACUUCUGUUAUUGGCAUUGCUGGUAGUUGAUCAACUGCUUAAAUUAAUACAAAAGGUCCUCUUCUCUUCUCUUCUCCUCUCUUCUCUUUCUAUGACUUUUAUUGCUUCCUUUAUCUCUUCAUGUACCUGUUUUUGCUAAGCUGGCUUGCUUCUUGUGUUGCUAAAUCAUCAGAACUAGCUAGCUCUCUAUUUUCUACCAUCUUCAGAAAAUCAUCAGAAUGCCUCCUACAUAUUUUCCUCUUCGAUGGGAGAGCACAGGGGACCAAUGGUGGUAUGCUUCUCCGAUUGAUUGGGCAGCUGCUAAUGGUCACUAUGACUUGGUUCGAGAGCUCCUCCGCAUUGACAGCAACCACCUCAUCAAGCUCACAUCUUUACGCCGAAUUCGUCGUCUUGAGACAGUAUGGGAUGAUGAAGCACAGUUUGAUGAUGUAGCCAAGUGCCGUUCAAACGUUGCUCGAAAGCUUUUCUAUGAGUGUGAAUCCAAGAAAGGAAAGAACUCUCUCAUCAGGGCUGGUUAUGGUGGAUGGCUUAUGUACACAGCUGCCUCAGCUGGACAUCUCGGUUUUGUUCAAGAGCUACUUGAAAGAAACCCUCUGCUUGUUUUUGGGGAAGGAGAAUUUGGGAUUACUGAUAUACUGUAUGCUGCUGCUAGGAGCAAGAACACUGAGGUUUUCAGGCUGCUCUUUGACUUUGCUGUUUCACCGAGAUUUAUGACAGGCAAAGGUGGAGAGCUGGAAGAACACAUUGGGGACAUUCCUUCUGUAUACAAGCGGGAGAUGGUUAACAGAGCAGUUCAUGCUGCUGCCAGAGGAGGAAAUUUGAGCAUUUUGAAGGAGCUUCUUUCCGAUUGCUCAGAUGUUUUGGCUUACAGGGAUAUUCAGGGAUCAACUAUCCUCCAUGCAGCAGCUGGGAAAGGGCGGGUAGAGGUUGUGAAGUACCUUUUAGCAUCUUAUGAUAUCAUAAACUCCAAUGACCAUCAGGGCAACACAGCAUUGCAUGUGGCUGCUUCAAGGGGUCAAUUAGCUGCAGCUGAAGCUCUUAUAUCUGCUUCUCCGUCGUCCAUUUCCAUGAGAAACAACUCUGGAGAAACGUUUCUCCACAAGGCUGUAUCUGGUUUUCAAAGUCCUGCCUUCCGAAGAUUGGACCGACAAAUUCAGCUUCUGAAGCAAUUGGUAUGUGGGAAAGCUUUCAACAUUGAGGACAUCAUCAAUGCCAAAAACAACGAAGGACGGACUGCCCUUCACACGGCAAUCAUUGGGAAUGUUCAUUCUGACUUGGUGCAACUGCUGAUGAUUGCUCAAUCAAUUGAUGUCAAUGCCCGUGACAUUGAUGGCAUGACAGCACUUGAUUGCCUCAGACAAUGGCCUCGUUCUGCAUCGUCUGAGAUACUAAUUAGGCAGUUGAUUUCAGCUGGGGGGAUAUUUGGUUGUCAAGAUUACAAUGCAAGAAAAGCCAUUGCUUCUCGGUUGAAGAUGCAAGGUGAUGGAAGCAGUCCUGGAACAUCAUUUAGAAUUUCUGACACAGAAAUCUUCUUACAUACAGGCAUUGAAAAUGUUUCAGAUGCCACUGCUGAUCAGCAUAGCACAGAAAACAAUUCACCUUCACCAGAACUGAUCAGCCCAUAUGACCCAACCAAUGAGAACCGCAGCUCAUUCUCUAGUAAAAAACCAGGUUCUGUAAAUUAUGCAGCACAACAGUUGAAACGCGUCAUUGGCUGGCCCCGGAUGAAGGAGAAAAAACCCGAAAGAUUCAAGAAAUCAGUUGAUUUUGGUUCGGUGGAUUCAAACAAGAUAUGGAGCAGUUCAGAUGAUGCACCAACACCACUUCGACAGAGAUUUUCAAAGCCUUCAUCACUUGCGAAUAACAAACGGACACUUUCUGUGAGGAGCAACCAAUCAAGUCCAUCUGCGAAGAAGAGGUUUGCUUGUGGCAUAAGGCAUGGUGUUCUGCAGGCAAUUCCACACAUAACUGUUCCACGUCGGUCGCGCUCUAGUUCAUUUUCAAAAUCAUCAUCAAUCUCUUCACCUAGUUCUCUAGAUAAACAAAAAGGUGUGUACAUUGAAACUGAUACUGCUGGACCAUCUUGGUCAAAUCAAGUAGUUGAUGAUGAAACGCCAAACUUGGGUAAACAAGGCUCCCUGAAUAGAAGGCUGAGGAGCCAGUAUUUCUGUUUUGGUGCCUCAGGCCUAUCUGUGAAAAACCCUGUUAGCAGGCAGCAGCAGCAGCAGCAGCAGAACCAAAGUUUCAAGCAUGCUUCUCCUCCUCCUCCUGUUAUUUCAGUGGCUUGAGUGAGUUGAUGUGAAGAUGUGAAGAGUUGGGUGGUUGCAUUGCAAUGAAGCAGACGUCAAAACACAGAAAGGAAAGGAAGUGCUCGGUGCUUGGAUAUUAUAUGCAAACUCACUAACAUAGAGGAAGAGAUGUAACUUGAAUAGCUUGUACUGUUACUUACUAUUUAUGUUUUUCCUAUCUUUUACUUUUAUCUUAUGCUAUGUUAUGUUUGCUUGUUUUAACUUGUCUAGAUUAUGAAUGAUAAAAAGAGAGAAAAAAAUUCUAGUUAAAAACUGUUUGCAU